AUAUCUGGCAACUGGGGAUCAGAUUAGUUCGAUAGCAUUCGCCUAUCGAAUUGGAGAGUCUACGGCUGCCAGCGUCAUAAAAGAAACGUGCCUCGCUUUAAUGCAAGUAUUAGCACCAAACUAUCUUCGACCUCCAACAAGAGAUGAAUGGAUCAAUAUCUGCCAUGGUUAUUGGCAAGAUUGGAAUUUUCCUAAUUGUGUAGGAUCAAUCGAUGAUGUUGGUGCGUAUGGUAGCAAUAACGACGCAGGAGUAUUUUCUCGUUGUGAGUUUGGCAAAGCUCUACAAAACAAAGAACUUGACUUACCACAAGGCACUACGAAUUUACCUGGUAGCAAACCAGUACCGUGUUUCUUUGUUGGAGAUGACGCGUUUCAAUUAUCUAAAAAUAUGAUGAAACCCUAUGCUGGGCGAAAUCUAAAUCAAAUUCAAAAGAUCUUUAAUUAUCGUCUUUCUCGAGCAAGACGAACNAUUGAAAAUGCGUUUGGAAUCCUAGCUUCACGAUGGAGAGUCUUGAGAAAAUUCAUUGGUUUGCAUCCCACCAGUGUCGAUAGCAUUGUUAUGGCAUGCAUUUGUCUACAUAAUUUCUUGAAAACAGAAAAUGACGAGUUACCAGUGCACAAUCGUACUUAUUGUCCACCUAAUUUUGUGGACUCCGAAUCACAAAGCGGUGAGAUUUAUCUUGGAGAAUGGCGAAAUGAAGGUGAAAGCUUUCAAGGUCUUGCACCGACAUCCGCUCAUCGUGCAACAACGGAAGCGUACAAGCAACGAGAUACAUUAGCGCAUUAUUUAGUGACCCCAGAAGGUGAAGUUCCGUGGCAGUAUACAUACANACGGAGAGGUUUCAAUUCUGAAGAUACUCCAGAUGAUUGAAUAAAUAUAUAAAUAGUAUCAAAUAAAUUUUUGUAUGUAUAAAACUCUGGAACUUUUAUACUCACUUUCAAAUUUUAUAAAUAAUUAUUAACGCAAGCGUCUUAAAAUUGAAGGUUUUUGUUUGGAAUUAUUAAAGUAAUAAAUAAAAUGAAUAGUUCAAUGUGCGUGUAAUGAACAAAGACUUGAUUUCUUUUGUAUUAAAAUUAUAUUUAUUACAAAAAUAUCAAUAUUAAUUCUUUAGAUUAGACAUGUUUCUGUCCAUCUUAAUAUAAAUAUAACAUUGCUAUUAAACUUGUAUUUAUAAUAUAUAUCUUCUGAAAACAAUAAUUGAAUUUUUCUAAUAAAAUAUAUAGAUUCAAAUGUUUGAAUUAUUUCUAUCUUNCAAUAGAAAAACAUAACUUAGACUUAUUUCUGUAAUAUCAACGCAAUCACAAAAUUAUAGUCAACGUGUUCUCAUGACUUUUCUUUUUUGGGAUAAGUUAUCCCAAUAAUGUUGGUAAUAUCAGUCUUAAUAUUUAUUGUAAGCAUUAAUGAAAAAAGUAUUAAAAAUUUCUGAUGUUUUUUCCAAAAAUAUUAUGAAAGUUAUGUAAAGAUAAAAUGUAAGUCUGAAUACAGAUAAUGAAACAAAUAUCAAAAUACGACAUCAUUUUUUGCUGUUUAACAUGUAAUGCAUAAUACUUAUAUAUUAAAUAAAAUA